AUGGGCGAUGACUCUUCUUCGUAUCACAUGCCCGGAGGUUCCCUCUACUACGGCAGCUACCGGACCUCUGACCCCGUCCCCCCCGGAGCCAAGAAGCGCGAGCCAUCUCAGGCGGCCGCUCAAAACAUAGAGAACCGACUGAAGGGCCACAUCAUCGGACAGGAAGAAGCAGUGAAAGCCGUCAGCCGGGCCGUCCGCCGCUCUUCGGCGGGGAUAUCCGACCCGAACCGACCCGUCGCGAGCUUCCUCUUCACCGGCCCGACCGGCGUGGGGAAAACAGAGCUCGCCAACGCCCUGGCGAUCGAGUUCUUCGGGUCGAAGGAAUCCCUAAUCCUGCUCGACAUGAGCGAGUACAUGGAGAGGCACAGCGUGUCGAAGCUCUUCGGCUCCCCGCCGGGCUACGUCGAUUCCGAAAAGAGCGGCCAAUUGACGGAGGCGAUCCAGAAUAAUCCCAAUUCCGUCGUCCUGUUCGACGAGAUCGAAAAGGCCCACAGCGAGGUCUGGAACGCGCUCCUCCAGAUCCUCGAUUACGGCACAAUGAAGGACGGGCAGGGGCAGAAGUUCGAUUUCCGAGGCGCCGUCAUCGUCCUGACGUCGAAUGUCGGCCAGGGAGCGGUGAUUGAGGGGAUCCUUAAAGCCGACGACGGCGGCGACGGCGGCUAG